AUGCUGGGCGGCCUCAUCUCCAAGAUCCUGCUGCUGCUGUUCGGCUACGCGAUGCCGGCCUUCGAGUGCUUCAAGACGGUGGAGGAGCGACCCAACGACGCGCACAUGCUACGAUUCUGGUGCCAAUACUGGAUUAUUGUGGCCAUGGUGAUAGCCUUUGAGAGCCUCAUCUCUUGGAUGCCAAUGUAUGAAGAAAUGAAGCUUGCUUUCUUUGUUUACCUGUGGUACCCCAAAACAAAGGGUAGUGAUGUUGUAUAUGACACCUUUCUUCGGCCCAUUGUGAUGCAAUAUGAGCCAAACAUCGAGCAUAGGCUACUGCAUCUCAGGGCGAAGUCUGGGCAGUUACUUAACUUCUAUGCCAAGAACUUCGCCGACAAAGGGACAGCUUUCUUCAUGGACGUCUUGCGCUAUGUGGUUUCUGAUAAGGCUGAAGGAUCCAAUCUAGAGCAGAGGAAUAAGAAGUCUGGCACUGGCUGGAGUCCUUUCGCGACCAAACGCCGGCCACCAUCGCCACCACCACAGCAGGAGUCUCUCUUCGACAACCCUGAUGCCGCAGCCGUGGCUGAAGCUCUGCGCUCCGCCAUCAACCCCAAACCCCGGCGAGCUCACGAUGGCAAGGACUAUUACUAGAGGAGACGGAUGGAGUUCUACACCAGUUCAAAGGAGAUGAUUGUGUACAUAGAAAUAGAAUGACUCAAAGAAGGGCAAAUUGAAAGAAGGAAUCAAAGUACAUAGGGAAGAAAAAGAAUCCAGCGAUUAACCAAUGUGAACAGAUAUGAAUGAACGAAGCAUGUUGUAGACUUGUGGUGAUAGAAAUAUAUUCACUUCUUUUCCCUCGAUU